GGGGCCCGCGGCCGCCCGCGCCUUUCAAUGGGCAGCUCGCACUUGCUCAACAAGGGCCUGCCGCUCGGCGUCCGACCCCCGAUCAUGAACGGGCCCCUGCACCCCCGGCCCCUGGUGGCGCUGCUGGACGGCAGGGACUGCACAGUGGAGAUGCCCAUCCUGAAGGACGUGGCCACUGUGGCGUUCUGUGACGCCCAGUCCACGCAGGAGAUCCACGAGAAGGUGCUGAAUGAGGCAGUGGGUGCGCUGAUGUACCACACCAUCACCCUCACCAGGGAGGACCUGGAGAAGUUCAAGGCCCUCCGCAUCAUCGUGCGCAUCGGCAGCGGCUUUGACAACAUCGACAUUAAGUCGGCCGGGGACCUAGGCAUCGCCGUCUGCAACGUGCCGGCCGCGUCGGUGGAGGAGACGGCCGACUCCACCCUGUGCCACAUCCUCAACCUGUACCGCAGGGCCACCUGGCUGCACCAGGCGCUGCGGGAGGGCACGCGCGUGCAGAGCGUCGAGCAGAUCCGCGAGGUGGCGUCCGGGGCCGCCAGGAUCCGCGGGGAGACCCUGGGCCUCAUCGGGCUGGGUCGCGUGGGGCAGGCGGUGGCACUGCGGGCCAAGGCCUUUGGCUUCAACGUCCUCUUCUACGACCCGUACCUGCCGGACGGCACGGAGCGCGCGCUGGGGCUGCAGCGGGUCAGCACCCUGCAGGACCUGCUCUUCCACAGCGACUGCGUCAGCCUGCACUGCGGCCUCAACGAGCACAACCACCACCUGGUCAACGACUUCACCGUCAAGCAGAUGAGACAAGGCGCCUUCCUGGUGAACACGGCCCGGGGCGGCCUGGUGGACGAGAAGGCACUGGCCCAGGCCUUGAAGGAGGGCCGGAUCCGCGGCGCCGCCUUGGACGUGCACGAGUCUGAGCCCUUCAGCUUCAGCCAGGGCCCCCUGAAGGACGCUCCCAACCUGAUCUGCACCCCCCACGCGGCCUGGUACAGCGAGCAGGCGUCCAUUGAGAUGCGCGAGGAGGCAGCCCGGGAGAUCCGGAGAGCCAUCACAGGCCGGAUCCCCGACAGCCUGAAGAACUGUGUCAACAAGGACCACCUGACAGCCGCCACCCACUGGGCCGGCAUGGACCCCGCUGUGGUGCACCCUGAGCUCAACGGGGCCGCCUACAGCAGGUACCCCCCUGGCGUGGUGGGCGUGGCUCCUGCCGGCAUCCCGGCCGCGGUGGAGGGCAUCGUCCCCAGCGCCAUGCCCCUGUCGCACGGGCUGCCCCCCGUGGCCCACCCGCCCCACGCGCCCUCCCCCGGCCAGACCGUCAAGCCCGAGGCGGACCGAGACCACGCCAGCGACCAGUUGUAGCGGGCGGGGCGCCGCGCCGAGGCCACCAGAGACUGGCCGGGAGGCCGGCCCGGCCGUCGCGAUCCUCGUCGAGCAGAAGUCGUAGUUGCGCUGUCAUGAAUGUCCUCGUCUGUGUACAGUUAGAACAUCACCAGGGUUUGUUUGCUUAGCUGUCAGCACGGAGAGCGCCCGCCUGGGCGGCCGCGGGCAGGCGGGCCCACUUCUCAGGACAACCACCCGUCUUUCUUUCCAGGCCACACAGUGCAUUGUUUUUCUACCUGCUUGUCUGAUUUUUAGAGUAAUUUAGGAAACAAAACCAAGGCUGUUCUCCCCAACUCGGCAUGAGCCCCGUCCCCAGCACGGCGGCCGCGGCUGGCGGGGGCGCUCCGGGCCGGGCCUGCGGGCCGUCCUGCUGACGUGGUAGCUAGCAAUAUUUUGGUUAAAAUCAUGUUUGUGACUGUAACCAUUUGUAUGAAUUAUUUUAAAGAAAUAAAAACCCCAGGAAGAGC